UACUUCAAUAUGAAGCGAAAGAAAAAUAACGACUCGUCGACCCCAAAGACAAAGCGAAACAGAGGGAAAACCGUCGAUUGCGGGUUCACUUCUUUGUUUUCACAAACGCAAACAAGUUUAUUCAAGGAUACAACUUUUGAAGCAGGUGUGAUGACUUUCAAGAAACUCCAUUACUUAGAAAAGACAAGAACACCUGUGCUACUUUGAAAGCUAUUAAAGAAGACACAUCUGCUCCUGG